CACACAUUUAUGUUGAUAUUUAUAUCUAAAUGUAGGUUUUUCGUCCAUGUAACCGAUGUUGUGACCGACAAAACUUCAUUCCGUUCAACAUUGCUAAUGCGGGCAUCGCAUACGCCGAUUUUUUUUGAACUUCCAAAAUCUUGAAAUGCAUUCCAGGUGCUUGAACGUAUACUUCAACGAUUUAGAUUGACAAGAUUUGUCAAAAUUAUUUUCAUAUUAUUUUCUAAUAGGUACUUGAACAAGUCACACAUUUAUUUUAAAGAGUUCCCCAUUAUAGUAUGGCUUUUGCCUAUAAAAAUGGGAUUUGGAUUUGGGAUGACGGCAAUAAUACACUACAAUAUAUGUCAAAAGCCGACAUAAUUCAAGGAGAUUCUUCACGGUCCAGCAAAGCAUCAACUUCAACGUCAAUCUCUGGAAGGAAAAAUAUGGAUUGUGAAAUAAGGAUAAUGGAUGUUGUCGAUGGUUAUACUCAGAGCAAAUUUCGGAAGCAUUAUCAAAGAAAAGUGAAGUUUUUCGAUAAAGCGGUGGCAACUAUUCAGGAUGUUAAGGAUGUAGCAAUUUUUACAAGUAAAAUCGACGAUUUGUUUCCUGAAUUUAUUGGGUUUUUUCAUACGGUGUCCAUGGAUCGAUUUCUAAGAUCCAUGGUAGUAUACUUUCAAUAUUAUCUUCAGGUCUGGAAUAAAAUGCAAUUAAGAAGAAAAGAGGCAUCGCGCAAGCUAAGGCAGCCCAUCGUUACCGAAUUAGAAAACGAAGUCAGGGAUAAUUUGGCAGAUUUACGAAGUAUGGUGUCCCGGGAUUAUGCGGCCAUUUUGAUGGGGAUCUGCGACGCAAAGAAAUAUCAUCACAUGAACAAUAAGAACAACGAUUCGUUGUCGGAUAAGGACAGGCGCUUAUUCGAGAUGCUCAUUUAUAUGACUACCAAAGUUGUUUGGAUUGCGCUUUUUCGAAAAAAUUUCCUUUUAAUUGAAAAAGAAACAAAUCGACUUUUGAGGACCAAUCAUUACAGUCCAAUUGAGCAUGCCGGAAAACCGACUCCGAAAGACUCUCAAGAAGAGCAGCGUGUUUUAGUAGGCCAAUCAUUUCAAAGGGAAAGAAGGCUUAAACAUAGAUCUCCGGCGAUUCAAGAAAUUAUUUUCGCCGAUCACGAUUACCGACUGUUAUCUAUUGGCAUUAAUGACAUACCAGGAGCUGAUACAAGAAUCCGUUACUUAGAAAUUGCGUACGCAGCACCAGAAGAGCUAUUAGUGGAAAACAAUAUCGCAGUUGGUGUAUUGGGAGUAGAAAGAAAAUAUCUUGAUACAGUACUGAAACCCAAAGACAUUUCGACUACUAAAAAACGAACAAGUCUAAUGAAAAUUGGGGAGUUUAAUAUUCCUCCUAGGUCAACAACAAGGGAUGAGUCACUUUCGAAUACCCUCCCAAGUGGCCCAUGUAAGUUUCAAGAGAGCCGUGCAACAAAAAAAUCCAGAAUUAAGCAAUGUAAAAUAUGGAAAACGUAUCUGGAAAUGGGCGGAAUAAUCCAGAGCGAAGUAGACUACAUUGAAUCUGCUCGAACACUUAGAGCGUCUGUUGCAUUAUCUAGCCAGAUUAUAAAAUCGGAUCAUUAAUUUAUCAAUAAACAUUUGAACGAGCAAAAGUUAAAUUUACUCACCGUUUUGUUUCGAUGUAAUUCCAUGAGCUGGAACUGGAUAGUGUCCCGUCGGAAUCAAAUUGUGUCGGUUCACGGGUAGCUGUAGCCUUCCACAA